UUGUCUCCUAUUCUGGAUCACAUGAAGAAAACUCUUCUUCACCUAAUCCACCUCAGAAGCUCUCCAUGAUAAAAAAUAGGAUGGUUUCAUUGCAUCAGCCUUCUAAACCAGAAAUCUCUUGUAUCAUCGGCUCAAGCUGUUCGUGGGUGACGUCUACAGACAGUUUUGGAAAACCUGACUGGGUGUUAUCUUCAGCUGGUGUCCUGGUGUCUCAGGAGAGGCAGCAGCUGCUUCUGGAAAACAGUUCCUCCCAUGGGGAUGUUGAAGGGGACAUUUUCCUCCUGAACACCAGUAGGCUCCUCGAUAGAUGUGAGUUCAGCCUGCAGAGCCCCAUCCUGCCUGGGAGCUUGGACUCUUGCUUGCUGGAACUGGCCAUAUAUUCACAAGAUGCUGUUCCUCUCCUCCAGAGGUUCACAGCUGAGAUCAGAUGUGUGGAGACAAACAGAAAUACAGUCAUUUCUCUGCGAGCUGGCCGUGAGGAGGAUGCCAGGAUGAAAUGGAAAUACCUGAUGGCCCAGAUUGGCCGAAUAGAAAGACCUUUUCAAAUCACCUUGCUGUAUUCCAACUGUGGAGCACAAGAGACUGGAGUACUGGCAGUGGGCUCCUUGCAGCUCAGGAACUGCUUUCAUGAUAAAGAAAACCAAGAUCUUUCUAUCUAUGACAAAGGCUCCACCUUCCCCUGCCUUCAUGGAGGCUGUGUCAGCCACUUGCAAAUCUGUGAAUUCACCAGCGACUGCCCUGCCAAAGAACAGGAGAAAGUGAGGUGUGACAGUCUCCCAGAGGGCUCACAUUGCUCUUUUGAAGAGGGUCCAUGUGGCUGGACACUGAAUGAAACUGGAGCAUCUCCUUGGUCUAUUCGGGGCUUUACUGAAAUGACUCAAGAUGACUUUUUUGUAGGGUCUACCUUGCAAGCCACUGGUGGACACUUCCUUUACCUACGAGCAGACAGCAACCAGACAAAUGGAAUGGCCAAGGCUUACAGCACCAGCUUGCCAGCCAGUAUUGCCACUGAAGACUACCAGAUUCAAUUCUCAGUGCAUGUUUUUGGCAGCUACAAUGGUACUGUCUCCUUCUCUGCCAGAGAAGAGGUGAAGGGAGCUCCAAUCACCUUGCCAAUGUGGGAGAGGACAGGGAGCUGGAGUGACCACUGGUUUCUAAUCACCUUACCAAUGCCAGUGCUUCAGAACUGGUUUCAGCUGCAACUCCUGGCAACCUGGGGCUGGAAUUCCCAAGCUGACAUUGCUAUCGACAAUAUUACAUUUGGACUGGACUGCUUCACUGAUGGAAGACAACCAAGUCAUUUUGGGGGGAAGCGCCAGUACCCACGGGAGAUUAGUAUCCUGGAUGAGCAUCUUCUGAACCCUCUGGAAGAGCCCUCCCUCCCAGGGGACACGUCCGUUGUUCUCUGGUGGUUCACCACAUGUGGUGCCAGUGGUCCACAGGGGCCAACUCAAGCUCAGUGUGACAGUGCCUACAGGAACAGCAACGUGUCUGUGAGUGUGCAGAAAGAAGGCAGGCUCAGGGGCGUGCAGGUCUGGAGGGUGCCGGCCACAAACCGGUACAGGAUUUCUGCUUAUGGAGCAGCUGGGGGAAAAGGAGCCAAAAACCACAAUAAGAGGUCCCACGGGGUCUUCAUCUCAGCCACCUUCCAGCUGGAGAAAGAUGAGCUGCUGUACAUCCUAGUGGGGCAGCAGGGGGAGGAUGCCUGCCCUGGGGGCAAUCCUGAAACCCAGAAGAUCUGCUUAGGAGAGUCAUCUCUCAUUGAAGAAGAUUACAAAAUAAAAAGGGACCUGAAGGACUGGGCUGGAGGAGGUGGAGGUGGAGGAGGAGCAACCUACAUCUUUAGGCAGAAGGAUGGGAUUUUCGAACCUUUGCUCAUCGCAGCAGGAGGAGGAGGAAAAGCCUACCUGAAGGCUCAGGACAACUCCCUGGAUGAUGGAACCCUGGAGCAAUUUGAGAACAGCACUGCAGUCCCUGGAGUCAGUGGGAGGACUGGGGCAGCAGGUGGAGGUGGUGGCUGGCAAGAUGAGAGUCUGCUUCCUCAGGCUGGGAAAUCCCUUCUGGAAGGGGGAGAAGGGGGCCAAGCUUGCCCCCAAGCACUAGCCAAGCUCCAGUGGGCCACCUCAGGUGGUUUUGGUGGGGGAGGAGGAGCUUGUACUUCUGGUGGAGGAGGUGGAGGCUACAGAGGGGGGCAUGCCUCUGACAGUGAUGAUAUCACAGCUGGUGGGCAGGAUGGCAUCUCUUUUGUGAACCCCAUUGGAGAGAUCUUCUUGCAUCCCCUGGCAGCCAUGGAGAGCCACGGCGAGGUGGAGGUUCAGGUCUACCUGAACUGCAGCCACUGCCACUCAGACAACUGUAAACGGGACCCUGAUACCAACCUGCCAGUCUGCCAGUGUGAGAUGGGGGCUGUGCUGGCCAACGACAACGUCACCUGCACUGUGCCCCAGAGUCCUACUGCAGAGGGAUACCUGCCUCUCCCACUCCUCCUAGCUGUGGUGGCUGUGAUCGUGGUGCUUGGAAUGAUCCUCACGUGUGGCAGCCUAUCUAUUGUUUAUCACCUCAAGAAGCAGCAGCUGGAAGGAGCCAGAGCACGACUGCAGAGCCCAGAAUAUAAGCUGAGCAAGAUCCGCACCUCGGCCAUCAUGACAGAUUACAACCCCAACUACUGCUUUGCAGGGAAGGCUGCCACCCUCAGCGAGCUGAAGGAGAUCCCACGGAAGAACAUCUCUCUGCUUCGGGCACUAGGACAUGGUGCAUUUGGUGAAGUUUAUGAAGGAACUGUCAUAGGCAUUGCAGGGGAUCCCAACCCUCUUCAAGUGGCUAUCAAGACCCUGCCGGAAGUCUGCUCUGAGCAGGAUGAGAUGGAUUUCCUGAUGGAAGCACUGAUUAUCAGUAAGUUCAACCACCAGAACAUCGUGCAGUGCAUCGGGGUGAGCCUGCAGAUGCUGCCUCGCUUCAUCCUGCUGGAGCUCAUGGCUGGAGGAGAUAUGAAGAGCUUUCUUCGGCAGAACCGACCCAGGGUGAACAUAGCCAGAGAUAUUGCCUGUGGCUGUAAAUACCUGGAAGAGAAUCAUUUCAUCCACAGAGAUAUAGCUGCAAGGAAUUGCCUUUUGACCUGCACUGGAGCAGGACGAAUAGCCAAGAUUGGUGACUUUGGGAUGGCCAGAGAUAUUUACAGAGCAAGUUACUACCGCAAAGGAGGAAGAGCCAUGCUUCCUGUCAAGUGGAUGCCACCAGAAGCUUUUCUAGAGGGAAUUUUCACCUCCAAGACUGAUACCUGGUCCUUUGGUGUGCUGCUUUGGGAGAUCUUUUCUCUAGGCUACAUGCCCUACCCUUGCAAAACCAAUCAAGAAGUGCUGGAAUUUGUCACCAGUGGAGGAAGAAUGGAUCCACCAAAAAACUGUCCAGGACCAGUGUACCGGAUCAUGACACAGUGCUGGCAGCACAGCCCAGAGUAUCGGCCCAACUUCUCCACAAUCCUGGAAAGAAUCAAGUACUGCACACAGGACCCUGAUGUGAUCAACACUGAGCUGCCCAUGGAGUGUGGCCCCACACCAGAGGAUGAAGGGAGUACAGUCAUGCGUCCAAACAUCUCCAGUGGGAUAGUGCCCUUGCUGGUAAGCCCUUCUCUCACACCCCAGACAACACCUAAGACACUGAACUCCCACCAUGCUGGGCACAAACUUGUGCAAUGUCCACAAGAGCUAAUGGUGGAGAACCUGAGCAACCAGACUGCUCAAGGGCCCAGCCUGCCGUGCCUCAGCGAUUUCAACAGUGGGUCCUGGUUCCAGCAGACCCUGAACCAGAAGUUGGAGCUCAGCAAUCCACCAACCCACAGACUGAAAAAUAAAACAAAAAAUCUUUGGAACCCAACCUAUGGAUCAUGGGUGCUAGAGAACAUCUGUCACUUCAGCCCCAGCUCCAAGCUGAAAACAACUCCGGAGCGGGAAGAUUCGGGCUUUGAUGGGAAUUGCAGCUCUUCUCCUAGCUCUCGGGCAUCUCCAGCAUCUCCAAGCCGAAGCAACUGCCCUCACCUGGAUAUUGGUGGGAUUGAACUGGUGAAACUCCAAACUUUCCCCUGUGGCAAUGUAAAUUAUGCUUACGAUGACCUGUGCUGUAGCACUGACCACCAGCCGUCGGCUGUGGCAGAGGUCAGAGCAGCCGUGCUAAGGAGCUCCAGUCUCCACAGAGAUGAAAAGCCUUUCCAUAAAACAGAGAAAACAGCAAGAGAGAGGGACUCUGGUCUGUCUCUGUCAGAUGACCUGAGUGUUACGCCAGUAUAA